UGUUGUCGCCUAAUAUUUCUGACGAUGACCACGCAAAGAAGCAUUUGGCAAACUCACUAUUAUGCAGUAGUCAGAAUGUAUAUGACAUUGGUGGGAAUAUGGCCAUAUAACACGAUUGGCACUAAGUGUUUGCAUUUCGUCACCAUGUUUACGUUCUCCUUCAGUAUCCUUAUACCCCAGGUGCUAUAUUUGCUAAAUGGUUCGAUCGACAUUGACGAUGUGUUCGAGUGCGUGCCGUCGAUGGUAAUCACUAUAUUAUUCAGCUCUAAAUUAGUGUUUAUGAUGAUAAACAAUAAAAAAAUAAAAGCCUGUUUUAAGAUGAUAGAGGAGGAUUGGUUAUCGCUGAACACGGAUAUCGAGAAGACAAUCUUGCGACAGUACACCGAAUACGGACAGUAUCUUACGAAAUUUUACGCGAUAAUUAUACUUGUUCCGGCAUUGUUCCACAUAAUCAGACCUUUCAUCAUCACAAUGCUACUGAAAAACGAUAUCGAAAACAUAAAAUCAUCGAUACCAGGAGCUUCGAAAUUACCUUAUCGCGUCGAAUACGGCGAGAAAUUGGAUCAGCAUUUUUAUUUGAUAAUGUUCCACUGUUGUCUAGCUAUAUUUGCUCACGUUACCGCCACGAUCGCGGUUGAUGGCUUUUAUUAUACUAUAAUCCAGCAUGCUUGCGGAAUGUUUUCGAUUAUCGGAAACAUGUUGGAAAACAUCGGCAAAAAUGAUGACGCUAAUUUUCAUUUAGAAGUAAAAAAAAUAAAAGACGAUAAUUAUAAUAUGGCACUGAACUGCCUGCGUAGGCAUCUUCGCGUAUUAGAAUUUGCUAAAUUGAUUGAGUCUAUAUUUACAAAUUUGUUUUUAUUAAGCGUAAAUAUGAAUAUUCUUGGUGGCAGUUUAUGCGGUAUACAGGUGAUAAUGAAUUUAAACAGCGCAGGCAAUAUUGCAACACCUUUAUCUGUCUAUUUUGCGCAACUCGCUCAUCUCUUUUUACAAUUCUGGCAGGGCCAAUUUCUAUUGAACUCCAGCGAUGUUCCAUACGAAUCUAUUUGCAGAGGAAGAUGGUAUUGUACUUCACAAAAAUGUAAGAAGAUUCUUCUUCUAAUUAUGUGCAGAACCAUGUCACCCUGCAAAAUAACUGCCGGCAAAAUCAUGACUUUAUCAAUCGAAACUUUUAGCGUGGUUCUGAAAACGUCAAUGUCUUAUUUUACGGUACUACGUUCCUUCCAGUGAUAAUGAUAUCAUUUCAAGAAAAGAAGUUAUAACUAAUAAAUUUAUUUAGUAAAUAAUAAAAUUGUACAUGAAAAUUCUCUUUGUCCUUUUUUGUCAUCGUUCUUCUGAAAAGGAAAAUCAGGCUGAUGAUGAA